ACUUGAAUAUGUUGCACCAAUAGGUUAGUGUUGAACUUGAAGUUUUGUAACGUGUCGAAGGGUGUACGUGCAGAUGCCUACAUAAUUUGAGUCAGGUGAAUCACACCUGUCUUAAGGGACAUUUCACUAGUAACUCUAGUAUUAUGCUAUUACCGUUCCUUCUCCGUGGGUGCACUGCAAAGCACUACGUACAGCAAGUGCUUUCUGGCACUCGGCUAUGCAUUAAUUGUUGCAACAUCAAAGGACUAGCCACAUCUGGUGGCCAGCUCUUCCUCAGGAGGACCCCACAGCGAUUCCUCAACCAGUCACGAGGAGCUAAAACUCACAAAAGGAAACAUCAGGAAGAUGACUGGAAGAAAAGGAACAAGACUGUCCUCACAUACAUCGCAGCCGCAGGAGUGGGAAUGAUCGGCCUGUCAUAUGCUGCUGUUCCACUCUACAGACUGUACUGUCAAGCAACAGGGCUGGGUGGCACAGCUGUAGCAGGACAUAAUGCAGAUCAAGUGGAGACAAUGAAGCCAGUCAGAGAGCGUAUUAUUAAAGUGACCUUCAAUGCAGACACUCACGCCAGCAUACAAUGGAACUUCCGACCGCAGCAGUCAGAGAUUUACGUCGUACCAGGAGAAACUGCGCUGGCUUUUUAUAAGGCACGGAAUCCCACAGACAAACCAGUUAUAGGCAUUUCUACCUACAAUGUUGUGCCUUUUGAGGCUGGACAAUAUUUUAAUAAGAUCCAGUGUUUCUGUUUUGAGGAGCAGAGGUUAAACCCACAUGAAGAAGUAGACAUGCCUGUUUUCUUCUACAUUGAUCCAGAGUUUGAUGAUGACCCCAGGAUGGCACGAGUUGAUACUAUUACACUCUCAUAUACCUUUUUUGAAGCCAAGGAGGGACAGCGGUUACCCCUGCCUGGGUAUAGCUAAUUAUUAAUUAUUCAGAGAAUUUUAAUCAGAAUUAUCUCCAGGAGAAUGUGUUCAGUAGUCAUUUUGGUAAUGAUUACUGUAUAUGUUGUCACGUUUCACUUUAAUGUCUGUAUAACUUGAAUCAAAGAAUUAUAGAAAAAAAUUGAACAGUAAUGAAGGCUGAUACUCUGUUUGUGAAUUUUUUUAAAGACAAUAAAUUAUAAGUUGCAGUUUUUUAUACACCAUAACAUAUAAAUUACUUUGAUAUCAAACAACUGAGCUGUAUGUGAAAAGUUUGUGAAUUUGUGUGCUGCUUGUUUGGCUUACUUUAGAACACUAGAGGGCAGCAUUUGUGCAUGUUUAUUAUUAUCUUUUGACAUGAAUCAUGUUCUUAAAACAGCAUUUACAUUGAAAACAAUAAUGCAUAUAUUGUACGAUUUGCUGAUUAUUGUGGAAUGAUUAAUUUAUUUGGAUAUCAUACACCUGUAGCAGAUACAUGCUUUAUAUAACACAUACGCAAAUGGUCUUAAUGGUGCUUUAGAGAACAAUAUUGCGCAACAACACUAUUUUCUUGAGUUUGGAUUAUACAUAAUCAAACAGAUACAAGUCACAAACGAAGUGAGAUGUUUAUUAGAUGUUUAUAAACUAUAUUAGACUAGUCAUUAAUCACAGUGAAUGAGAUCCUAAAGAUAUGCAGUUGUGUUAAUAUUAAUGAAGAGGGAUUCUGUGUACAUUAUGUUGUAUAAUUGCAUAAUAGAGGUUUAAUCAUAAUCAUGUUUCUUAGAGAUGUAAACAAUAAUGAUGUGAAAAUCCAAGAUGCUAGAAGAAACAAUGCAAAAAUGCAUUUUUCACAGUUGAUGAAAGGCUUCAGAGAGGAUAUAUCUCUAGGAAACAAACAAAAAUGCAUUUUCAUGUAAU